AUGAAGUGGACUUGGGGAAUCAUUAUAAACUCAACAUGUCAACGACUAAUGACCACUCCAUCGAUCUAUAUGAAUUUAACGUGUUGCUCUGUGAAUUUGUGUAAUGAUGAAAGUUCGAAUACGAUUCCACCACCAAAUAAUACAACUACCAUAGCCAAUACUGUCUCUGUAGCCGAUACCACUACCAAGGGCGCUACAACUACGCAGACCGAUACAACUACCAAAGUUGGCACAACUACCAAGGUCGAUACAACUACCAUGGGUACAACGACUAUCAAGGACACCACAACUACUGAAGGAAAUACAAUAAAAACGACAGGUACUACCACAGCACCAGGCGGUACUAAUCAUCUGACUUUCUCUCCACGUCUUCUUUUUACGUUUUUGCUCGCUUUUCUAAUAGAAAAAUAA